UAAAAAAUGCACAGUAAGGAAACGCGGCAUUUGGUUUGACUGUGAUCUUGGAGGUGACGACUUAUUGACCGCAGGAAUGGACGAACCUGAUCAAGUUAAUCAGUUGUAGUUCGGAAAGGUGGGACAGUUGGACGACAGUGGCCCAGAUUGCCUACUCCUAGUUACGACUAUUUAAAAGGACACAGGUGUUGCCGUUUCCUGAUCAGGAAGCUCAUCGCCACAUACGGUAAACACGCGCAGACAUCAGCUGUUUGAUUAAAAAUGGACGAGUCCGCCGAACAAACGCCGCUGUUUACUUUCGGUGUGAUCGCUGACAUCCAGUACGCGGACAUCGACGACGGAUACAAUUACAACCAGACGAGGAUGCGGUACUACCGCAGCAGCCUUAAGCUGGUAAGAAACGCGCUGGACAGUUGGUCGGAGUCCGCCGUGAAGCCGGACUUCAUCCUGCAGCUGGGCGACAUCAUCGACGGCUUCAACAAACGCGACGGCACCUCGGAGGAAGCGCUGGACACGGUGCUCAGGGAGUUGAGCUCCGGCCCCGCGGAGCUGCACCAUGUGUGGGGGAACCACGAGUUGUAUAACUUCAGCCGGAGCGCGCUGCUGCGUUCACGGCUCAACAGCAGCGCGGUGCGCGACGACAGCAGCUUCGGCGCGGCACGGCUCGGUUCCGACGUCUACGCCUACCACUUUAGCCCGGUCCCGGGCUUCAGGUUUGUGGUACUGGACGCUUAUGACGUCAGCCUGCUGGGCAGAGAGGAGUCCAGUGAACAGUACCGCAGCGCUAUGGACAUAAUAAAGCAAUACAACGCCAACGAGGAUCUCAACUGCCCCCCAGUAUAUGUGGGUCUACAGCAGAGGUUCACCAUGUUCAACGGUGGCUUCAGUAAAGACCAGCUGGGCUGGUUAGAUUCUGUGCUGUCCACAGCUGAUGAGAAGCAGGAGAGAGUCACAAUUCUCAGCCACCUCCCAGUCCACCCCUGCUCCACAACCCCCAUCUGCCUUGCCUGGAACUACGACGAGGUCCUCGCCGUCAUACGCUCCCACAGCAGUGUAGUGUGCUUUAUAGCCGGACAUGACCACGAUGGAGGAUACUGCUGCGAUAAAGAGACGGCAGUGCACCACCUGACGUUGGAGGGCGUGAUUGAGACGCCACCCAACAGCAACGCCUUCGGCAUUGUGUCCGUGUACAAGGACAGGAUGGUGCUGAAGGGGAGCGGGCGGAUCAUGGAUAACGUGCUUCUCUUUCCUUGAAAUGAUAUCGAUCAUGGAUUAAACAGUAGAUGACACUUUGAGUAAUGGGCUGCUGGAAAUAUCUCUGCUGUGAAGCCAGAUAUUUUCAAAGGCAGGAUCCAGGCAGGAUCUUUUAGAGGAAGGUUGGCUUGUUCUCUGAAGAAGUCAGCAAAUUUGAUAUGAUGCACUUUACAAUUAAUUAUACAGGCAUCCAUAUUUAUCCCAUAACCAAGCUGUUAUCUUUUUUUCAGAUGAAAUAUUUCGCAUUUUUAAGACAGGGAAUUCAUUUAAACAUUGUAAUAAUUCAUAUAUCUGAGUACUGUAAUUGUCCUUUCUAAGAUCUCCACAAACUUUUUAGCCAGUUUUUGAAGAUGCAGACAUGCUCACAUCCCUCUACAGGUACACACUACAAUACCUCAUUUUUUAAUUGCACUUAUGUUUUAUUUAUCCUGGAGGUUGGAUUUUAAAUCUUGAAUCUUUUAUGGGGACAUUUGCAUAUUAAUGCACAAAGAUGCUAUGAAUACAGUGUUUUUUUUUUUUUUUUUGGCUUUUCACUCGCUUUCUAUUUGCAUGUUGCACCUCAACAGUUUAUUUUUUUUCAGGAUUGUAUUAUGCAGAGAAGUGAGAAAUUACUUGAAAUAUAUCAGCACACUAUACUGCUAAUAAUACCUACUUUUUGACACGUUUUAUUUUGGUGAAUCUGCUGCAUUCAAGUUGCAUAGGGAAAUGUAAAUAUUGUUUCUGAACGAACUGUACACUUUGUUAAGCCACUGAUUAAACCUUUGCUAAUACUAA